GCAGCAUUACCACACCCCCUCCGAGACAACUGUCACCCCCUCUCGUAAGAGUCAACGUUCCUCUACUCACAUCUCCAAGACACCCUCGUCCCCAAUCCGCUCCCCAAGGUAGCCGUCGAUCCCACCUCCACCUCCGAGACACCCCUCGUCCCCAAUCGUUCCCCAAGGCAGCCGUCGAUCCCACCGCUCCUUCUCCGCAGUCCUCGUCUUUCGAGAUUAAAGUUGAUCGACAAAGACAACCAGGAUGUGCUAUUGUAAGUCCAUAUCUACCCGAGAGUUACAGACGGUAUGCUAGAAAGGAGUGCGCGUUUGAUCG